UCAUCUGAACAUGUUAAAAGAAUUCGAGCAGUACACGUCACCAACCCUCAAGCAGCGCUUCGGCUGUCUUGGACAAGACUCAGAGAGUGCUAUGCCAACCCUGAAGUGAUAGAGAGUGCUCUAUUCAGGCGGCUGGAUAAUUUUCCCCGUCUUACUUCAAAGGAGAACAUUAAACUAAGAGAACUUAGUGACCUGCUCAUGGAGCUGCUCUCAGCUAAAGAAGACGGGUACUUACCUGGACUCGGUUACCUUGACACACCUCGGGGCAUUAACCCCAUCGUUGAAAAGUUGCCACCAAACUUACAAGAAAAAUGGCUGUCUAAAGGGUCAAGGUAUAAAGAACAUCACAGAGUUUGUUAUCCCCCGUUCUCUUUCUUUGCCGACUUUGUCAGCAGUGAGGCAAAGGCCAGAAAUGAUCCCAGCUUUGUCUUGAUGAACAGCAGCCGUACCCAUUACCAUAAUGAAAGGCCCACAGCAAAGCAUGAUGGUGUGAAGGCGGCUAUAUCUGUCCAUAAGACAGACGUGUCAGUUACAGCAGGCUCAAGCUCGACGUAUAGAGCAGAGAUGGAGAAGAAAAGUAGGUGGGAUCCAGCUAAAUACUGUCCACUUCACAAUAAAGCUCAUCCUCUGGAAAAAUGCAGAGCCUUUCAAAUGAAGCCGCUGACAGAGCGCAGAAAUUUGCUGAAAGAUCACAGACGAUGUUUUAGGUGCUGCUCUGCUACUCACAUGGCCAGAGAAUGUCCUGUGGAGCUGAAAUGUAAUGAGUGUGAGAGUGACCGACACUGCACGGCCAUGCAUCCAGACGCUAGCCUCUCACCAGCAGUGUCACCUGCGACUGAGCCAGACAUAGAGCCGCAAAACAACCAACCUCCAGAGGUAACUUCAAGGUGCACUGAGGUAUGUGGAGAUGGCCUCCCAGCACGAUCUUGCGCAAAGAUAUGCUUGGUGCAAGUUUUCCCACAGGGACAAAGGGAACGCUCAGUCAAGAUGUAUGCUAUCCUUGACGACCAAAGCAAUCGCUCCCUGGCUAGAGCUGAGUUUUUCCAGCUCUUUGCAUCCGAGGCACCCCUUCACCCUACUUGAUGAGAACCUGUGCUGGUACCAUUGAAAUGACUGGAAGGAAGGCAGUUGGUUUUCAGAUAGAAGCAUUGAAUUGUGAAGUGUGUUUAGAUUUACCGCCACUCAUUGAAUGUAAUGAGAUCAUGACCAAUCGUUCAGAAAUCCCCUCACCAGAGGUUGCUCUUUCCCAUGCUCACUUAAGACCUGUGGCACCUCACAUCCCAAAGCCUGAUCCUGAAGCGCAGAUCCUGAUCUUACUAGGACGGGACCUCAUACGUGUUCACAAAGUGAGACAGCAAAUCAGUGGGCCACACAAUGCACCUUUUGCCCAGCGUUUGGAUUUAGGGUGGGUGAUAGUGGGGGAGGUCUGCAUUGACAGUGCUCACAAGCCCACUGUAGCUGUCUUUAAGACCAACGUCCUGCAAAAUGGACGUCCAUCUUUUCUAACACCAUGUCAGAAACACAUCUGUGUUAAAGAAAAAGCGAGCUACGGCGGGGAGCACAGGCACGGCCUUUCUACCCAACAGUCCAGCUAUUCUGCCAUCAGUGUGCCUGCCGAAGAAAAACUUGGAUGCAGUGUGUUCAGGAGAACAGAGAAUGAUGACAAACCUGCUUUGUCUUUCGAGGAUGAAACAUUUCUGGAGAUCAUGCAGGAAGAGCUCCAGAGAGAUGAGAAGAACAGCUGGAUUGGUCCCUUACCAUUCAGGUCACCCAGACCACGCCUUCCAAGUAACCGAGCUCAAGCCCUCUCUCGCCUCCACUCCUUGCAACGUACACUGAACAAAAAUUCUGAAAUGAAAGAACAGUUUGUUGCCUUUAUGGAGAAGCUCUUUGAAAAUGGACAUGCUGAGGAAGCUCCCCCUGUCCCCGAGAAUGCAGAGUGUUGGUACUUACCCAUUUUUGGGGUGUAUCACCCCCAAAAGCCGGGUCAGAUACGGGUUGUGUUCGACUCGAGUGCACAAGAAUGUGGCAUCUCCCUAAACAACGUCUUGCUUUCAGGCCCCGACAUGAACAACUCCCUCCUUGGAGUACUGCUCAGGUUCAGAAAGGCGCUUGUUGCCCCAACCGCUGACAUCCAACAGAUGUUCUAUGGUUUUUUGGUGAGGGAAGACCACAGAAAUUACUUAAGGUUCCUCUGGCACAAGGAUAACGAUCUUAGUAAGGAGGUGGGAGAGUAUAGAAUGCGAGUCCAUGUGUUUGGGAACAGCCCUUCACCUGCGGUAGCAAUAUAUGGCCUUCCUAGAGCUGCCCAGGAAGGUGAACAGAAGUACGGCUCUGACUCUCGCCACUUCGUCGAGCGACACUUUUAUGUGGAUGAUGGGCUCAUUUCCCUCCCAACUGAAGCCGAAGCCAUUGAUCUGCUCAAGCGCACUCAAGCUUCACUGGCAGAAUCAAAUCUUAAACUGCAUAAAAUCGCCUCUAACAGUGUUGCAGUGAUGCAAGCUUUCACACCUGGAGAACUGGCUGCGGGCCUAAAAGACUUGGGCCUUGAUGAAGAAGUGCUUCCAGUACAAAGAAGCCUUGGUUUGUGCUGGAACAUAGACUCUGACACUUUCACAUUCAGAGUUGCAGUCAACGACAAGCCGUUCACCCGCCGUGGAGUGCUAUCCACCGUCAAUAGCCUCUUUGACCCAUUGGGCUUGGUCGCACCAGUGACCAUCAGGGGCCGAGCACUGCUCAGAGAACUUUCUGCUGACGUUCAUGAAUGGGACACUGAACUUCCUGCAGACAAGUUAAACAAGUGGGAAACAUGGAAAGAAUCACUGCACGAUUUGAGUAGCCUCCAUCUUCCCCGCUCAUACAUACAACAGUCCCUAUCCAGUGCCACAUACACAGAGUUGUGUCUCUUUUCAGAUGCUUCUAGCUGGGCUAUAGGAGCAGUAGCUUAUUUGAGGGUUGUCUUGACAGAUGGGCAGUGUAGAGUUGGCUUUGUGCUCGGGAAAGCAAAGCUAGCCCCUCAACCAGAGCCCACCAUCCCUCGCCUCGAACUAUGUGGCGCUGUGCUGGCCGUCGAGAUGGCUGAACUGAUCCUCGACGAGCUUGACCACAAGCCAGACGCAGUGAGAUUUUACUGUGACAGCAAAGUUGUCCUUGGCUACAUACACAAUAACUCUAAGCGAUUCUUUGUGUAUGUACACAAUCGUGUUCACCGGAUACGCAGGACAACCUCUCCCCAACAGUGGCAUUAUGUGCCUACGGAUCAAAACCCAGCUGAUCUGGCCACCAGGUCUGUGCCCGCGUCACAGCUCACCAACAGUAUGUGGUUUACAGGGCCAGAGUUCCUUCACAAACCACUUCUGGCCGAAACAAAUGAGUCCUUUAAGCUGGUGGAUCCUGAAACAGAUGCAGAUGUGAGACCUCAGCUGACCACUUUUGCUACUCGCAUAAGUGAAUGUAAACUUACCUCAGGACGUUUCCAGCGCUUCUCCACUUGGGAGUCUUUGCUAAGAGCAGUUUCCUUCUUGAUCCAUCAAACUCAUUCAUACAGGUCUGACUCACCAACUACAUGCAAAAGAUGGCACCAGUGCAAUAAGCCACGUAGCCCAGAGGAACUGGCAGCAGCCAAGCUGGCCAUACUCAAGUCUGUACAAAGAGACACUUAUACAGAAGAGUACACUGCACUACAAGAGAAUAGAGCAAUUUCGAGAUCAAGUGCAAUCUUGAACCUUGAUCCCUUCAUGUGUGAUGGUCUCUUACGAAUUGGGGGACGUCUGAGAUAUGCAUCAAUUGAACCAGAGGUGAAAAAUCCAAUCAUUCUCCCAAAACAAAGUCAUGUUACAACAUUACUGGUGAAUCAUUACCACACAAAGGUGGAACACCAAGGACGGCAAUUCACUGAAGGUGCAAUAAGAGCUGCAGGCCUGUGGAUUGUUGCUGGUAAGCGGCUGAUAAGUUCAGUCCUUCAUAGCUGUGUCACCUGCCGCAAGCUGAGAGGAAAACUUGAGGUCCAAAAGAUGGCUGACCUCCCUCCAGAGCGUCUAAGCUUGUCACCACCAUUCACAUAUGUGGGAUUAGACGUUUUUGGUCCCUGGGAGGUGGUCACCCGACGCACUAGAGGUGGCGCAGCUCAGAGUAAGCGGUGGGCCAUACUUUUCACAUGCAUGAGCACUAGAGCUGUGCAUGUGGAAGUCAUACAGUCCAUGGAUGCAGCCAGUUGCAUCAAUGCCCUGCGACGGUUUUUUGCCUUAAGAGGACCAGCGAAACAACUGAGGUCGGAUCGAGGUACAAACUUUGUUGGAGCCAGUUCAGAACUAGGCAUGAGACCAGAUGAUCCAAGUCAAACCAACACAUUGAGGUACCUACAUGAGAAUGGUUGUACAUGGGAAUUCAAUCCCCCGCACGCAUCUCACAUGGGAGGCGUGUGGGAGCGCAUGAUUGGCGUAACCCGGAGGAUACUUGAUGCCAUGUUCCUGCAAACUAAACAUACUCACCUGACUCACGAAGUGCUCUGUACUCUAAUGGCAGAGGUGUCGGCGAUAAUCAAUGCCAGACCAUUAGUUCCUGUCUCUUCUGAUCCUGCCUCACCAAUGCUGCUGACUCCUGCUAUGCUCUUGACCCAGAAACCAGGUGUGCCUGCUCCAGCCGGCAGUUUUGAUAAAAAGGAUCUCUUCAAGUGUCAGUGGAAACAAGUGCAGGCACUUGCGAAUGAGUUUUGGACCCGAUGGAGAAAUGAGUACCUCCACACCCUUCAACCAAGGCGUAAGUGGCACACGGCAUGUCGAAACCUGGAAGUUGGAGACAUUGUGCUACUUAAACAGAGCCAAUCACAACGCAAUGAAUGGCCAAUGGGUUUGGUCACUUCUACCAGUCCAAGUGGUGAUGGGAAGGUCCGCAAAGUCGAGGUCAGGACAACAUCGCAAGACAAAAUAAAGACAUUCUUAAGGCCUAUCUCAGAUGUGGUCUUACUCCUGGCAAAGGAAAGUCAAAGGUCAAGUUAGGAAAGUUAUGUUUUAAGUGGCAUCAGUAAUUGCCAGACGGGGAGUGUUCUGCCCUGAAUAGGUUUUAUAUUAAAAUACACUUAAAGUUACUGUUGAAACGUUUUAUUGUUGCAAAGGUAUUACGGAGCCUUUAUUUUGAAAGCAACCCAGUAACAGGAAGCACAUUGUGUAAACACAACGAGAGAAGACGUGAUGGCGUGUUUGUAUCACCGCAUGGCUGUUAAUUCUUGAAUAAUCCUUUGUGUGUGUAUCCCUCAGAAAGCAAUGACUCAGACCCCAGACACCAUUUCAAUCAAGGUUGAAGAGGAUAUUGGUGGAGGCUUGCCCGCUGGAGAAGACUGCGAUGCCUUUGGAGACCGUAGCACUCAGCGUGGCGCCACAUCAGAGAGCCUGGGUGUUGUCGCCCCUGGCUCCUCCUCCCAUAUGUCCAGUCACAGCGAGGAACUGCUGCAGCAGACACCAGACACCAUUUCAAUCAAGGUUGAAGAGGAUAUUGGUGGAGGCAUGCCCGCCGUAGAAGACGGCAAUGACAUCAGAGACUGCAGCACGCAGCGCGGCGCCACCUCGGAGAGUCUGCGUGUGGACGCCCCUGGCUCCUCCCACAUGUCAAGUCACAGCGGGGAGCUGCACAUCCUGAGCGUUUACGGACAAGGGGUGGGCCCACUGGCGGUGGACGGCCAUGACACCCUUUUUGCCGCGUCAGAACUGGAGGCCUUGAGCUCGCUCUCCGCUGACCACAGCGUGGCCAAGAGCCUGAACUGCAGCGUGCGACUCGUCCGCCUUGAGGAGCUGACUGGGCAUCAGGGCUGCCGCAAGGGCCGGCCCGGUGUCUUGUGUGGAAAGGUUAUUCCCAACAAUGCCAAUAUGAUCGUCCACAUGAGGACUCACUCUGGGGAGAAGCCCUACAAGUGUGACCAAUGCACGAAGUGGUUCAGUCAGAAAGGCCCCCUGAAGCGCCACAUGAGGACUCACUCCGGUGAGAGGCCCUACAAGUGUGACCAUUGCACGAAGGGCUUCCGUCUGAAAGACCACCUGAAGCGCCACAUGAUGACUCACUCUGGUGAGAAGCCCUACAAGUGUGACCAAUGCACGAGGUGCUUCAGUCAGAAAGGCCCCCUGAAGAUCCACAUGAGGACUCACUCCGGGGAGAAGCCCUACAAGUGUGACCAAUGCACGAAGUGCUUCAGUCAGAAAGACAUCCUGAAGCGCCACAUGAUGACUCACUCUGGGGAGAAGCCCUACAAGUGUGACCAAUGCACGAAGUGCUUCAGUCUGAAAGGCCACCUGAAGAGCCACAUGAUGACUCACUCUGGGGAGAAGCCCUACAAGUGUGACCAAUGCAAGAAGGGCUUCAGUCUGAAAAGCAACCUGAAUAUCCACAUGAGGAUUCACUCUAGGGAGAAGCCCUACAAGUGUGACCAAUGCACGAUGCGCUUCAGUCAGAAAGGCACCCUGAAGCGCCACAUGAGGACUCACUCUGGGGAGAAGCUCUACAGGUGUGACCAAUGCACGAAGGGCUUCAGUCUGAAAGACCACCUGAAGAGCCACAUGAUGACUCACUCUGGGGAGAAGCCCUACAAGUGUGACCAAUGCAAGAAGGGCUUCAGUCUGAAAGGCAACCUGAAUAUCCACAUGAGGAUUCACUCUGGGGAGAAGCCCUACAAGUGUGACCAAUGCACGAUGCGCUUCAGUCAGAAAGGCACCCUGAAGAUCCACAUGAGGACUCACUCUGGGGAGAAGCUCUACAGGUGUGACCAAUGCACGAAGGGCUUCCAACGGAAAUGCGACCUGAAGUUCCACCUAAGGACUCACUCUGGGGAAAAGCCCUGCGUGUGUCUGCACUGCAACGCCAGCUACAGCGACCCAAGCAAUUUGUGUGUGCACAUGCUCAAGCACCCUUUGACACGGGGUAACGGGAUGCUUUGAUUGAGACCUCUGUCCUGUAUUGAUUGAAAUUACUGCUUUUAGUUUUUCUUUUCAUCAUGAUUAAACGCCUUCAACUUUUGAUUCGCCGUGUUGGAUUGAGUGUAGGAUUGGCCAGAGGAGAGACCAAGUUGAAUUGCAAUUCACAAUAGGGAUGAAGUGGACAUGGCUGCAAGGCAGUUAAAGGAAUCUACACAACAAAGAAGUCUUUGGAUUGGCCUCAGUAUCAAACUUGGUGCCCACAGUUGCAAAUCCAAAACUAUCUCAACACCUUUCAAUUAGAGAGGGCGGGAGAUAUCUCUAGUUCCAUGGAGAAUGGUUAGAAAUUCAUUGAAAUAGACAAAUUAUUCAAACAGGGAUCAUAUAAUUUGUAUGUUAAAGUCUGCUUGAUAUUGCCACGACACUCAUUACCCUUAUCUUUGUUAGCUUAUUACAAAAAUCCUGCAAAGUUCACUUGUGAAAUAGACUGCGAUUGAACCCCACAUUAUACAUGAUUGUGUUCAUUCCACUUACCUUCCCAUUCUUUGCGCUUAAUGCUAACUACCUUGGAUGGAUUGUAUCAUAAUGGUUGAAGAUGAACCAUUUUAAAUGGUCCCUGGUUAAAUGUCUAGUUCUCAGUGAUGCUCAGUUUAAGCCGGUCCUCCCUCUAGAAUGCAGCAUUAUUCUAACGGGACAAAGUCAGAAGAUUCCUAGCAUUGGUCCCCCUUCACUCCCUGUUUACAGCAGCGGCUGGUGGUGAUCCAAUUCGUCGGUGGGGUGCAGUAAUGGACGGGGGUCCUCCCAAAGAAAAUAUAGAAUUGGUUUCUGGGAUGCCCACUAGCUAAAAAAUUAUUCUGAUUCAUAGCCUACAUCCUGACUUGCAGGGCCUGGACAAGCUUACACUACUUUCACUUUCAUUCAACGAGCCACUGCUAUUUGACCCAUGGUUGUUAUUCUGAUAUUGAGGCAUAUCAUGAUCAAUGUCCUAUAGUGUUUUACCCGAGUCUCAAGGUCUAUUUCAAAUGCUGUUUGGGACCGUUGUAUCAUUUUUUUUUUUUAAAUACAUGCCGAAAGACUUGAUUAAUAUGUAAUUUACUUGAUCCUUUUAAGUAUAACAUUGCAUGAGGAGUCCAUUCCUCCACUGAAAUGGGUAGAAAGUGCUUUUACGACUCUGCUAACUAACUAUCACUUCUCUCUGCAUGUAGUCAAUGCACGAAUGCUGCUGAGGGAGGUAACCUAUUUGAUUCAUUGGCUGAAUUGUCCAAUCAGCUCCAAAUUACUACAAUGAGUUGAGACACAGUGUAGUGUCAAGUGUUUCUUUAAUACUCUUGGUAGGAUAACAAACCUACCAUGAUUAAUCAGGGGUUGGGUUUGUGUCGGGUCUCUUAUUUUUCUGUUUAGUGUGUGUCUGUGUCUGUGUCUGUGUCUGUGUCUGUGUCCUGUGUGAACUUCCUAAGCCAGAGGGAAACUUUGAACCAAUGCAAAAGGCUUAAAAUGUACCACAAUAUCAAAACUAAAAAAAUAAUGAAUUGUUAUGAGCUGGAGCAGUGAAUUUCUGUUUUUCUUUUACUUGUUUGACGGUUUCGGUUAAUCUGUUCAAAUAUUGUGUUAUUGUUUGGUCCAAAAGCUUUGAUUUCUUUUAACAUACGAGCUGUACAUCAUCAUCAUAAUUUAAAA